AUGGCUUCGUGCCCGAAUUUUGACAAUAAUAAUCAACCGGAGGCCUUUAGCCCUCUCGCCCGCAGAACUUGCACUGCGGAACUCCAUGGUGGCAACGGUAUUAUGGAUCCAGACAUAACGGCAAAGGCCUCGGGUUCAGAGAGGCAACCUGCGAGCGAUAAGACGGAGCAUGUGCAGGCCUACACCCCAUCUUCGGUCGAGCUGCGCCGGAGUUCUUGCUGCGAUACGACUAUGGGCGCUCCCAGGCCUUUCAGUGACAAGUACGAGGGGCUGUCCAUGAUCCAUGUAGAGGACGAAGUCCUGGACGAGAUGGACUUAAUGUCUGAGGACCAGGAGUAUGAGUCGGAUGAAGAGCCGGUCGGGACGAUUCCCCGAGACGAAGACGAUUAUUGCAUGGCUUUCUCAGGUGAUCUUGCUGAGAGACUCGGAGAUGCUAUGCGGCCCGGCACGCUACACAUCGAGGAACGAUCGGGUUCUCCAGAUCAAGAGCACAUCUCUCAUGAAUCUAGGACUUCCGAAUCGCGGCGCUUGAAGGAGGGCGGUGAGGCAGGAGCGCAGUCCGUCACAGACACUUAUUCUGCUAUGCACCAUCGUCAUGUUGAGCUAGUGGAGGAUACAGGUGAUGCAGAGGACUCUCCGAGGAAAGUCGAAGAAAUGACGUUGGACAACGCUGACGAUCGAAUGCCAUGCGGGGUUUCUCGUGAGGCUGAGACAUGUGAAAAUGAUAUCGCGUCCGAGCGUCAGGCGCCCAUGCACUAUGCUGACUCUGCAUCGGGCCAAGGCCAGCGCACGGACGGUAAGCAUCAUCAACGCCGACAACGAUCGCCGAGCCCUCGGAGCAUUCAAAUACCGGCGGUGCUCGAUGAAGAUGGCCAAGAACUCCCCGAAUCCACGGAUCCUGAGAACCUACGGGCAGAAGAUACCGGACGACUUUCGCUCGAGAGCACCGAAGAGAAGAACUUCAUCGAAAUCGAGGCAAGCGCUGAGGACACCGGUAUUCUCGACGUUUUGCUGUCCAGCAGCUCCUAUAGCACAGGAAUCGAAGGCCAAGAGGCAGAAUCACAGGAAAAGCAGACUGUGCAGGGCGGAGACUUCGAGCAGUCUACACAGAAAGCCGACGAUCUACUUAGCGCCACCUUGAUCGAAGCUCGAGAUCCAGCCGCCAAGAUAUCACCCUCCUCUUCCAUCAGUUCCCUUCAGCAGAUUAGGCGAUCAAAGUCUACCCAUAGCGAAGGGGUCUCGAAUAUCGAACGGCCUCGAGAAGAUACCGACCCCAUCGUCCUAGAACCGGAUCUCAACUUACGCAAGCAAGCUUCCGCGCCUUCUAGAUCGGCUCUUCCCAUCGUCAGGCCAUCAGCAGAACUGCAGGUCUAUCCGAGCACCAUGGACCCGCUCACCGAGUCCCGAAAAGGCUAUUAUAUGGACAUCAAGAACGUUCCCGCAUCCAAGUCUGUCCCAGUGAACGAAGCCAAGUUGUCUUCGUGGUGGAAUGGAAUGACUGAUAGCCCUACGGUCGAGAUUCCUCUCAUAGUUACGCUCAUCGUCAUGAUGGGCAUGGUGUAUGCGGCAGGCACAACGCAGAAAUAAAGGUCCUACCAGAAAGGGAGCACUGGGAAGGAUACUUAACACCCGCCAACGGCGUUUGAUUGAAAUUGUAACGGGAUUAUGCGAGCGAUUGGGUUUUUCGUGGUCAAUUUUGCUUUGGGUCAAUAGCAAUAGCUCUCAUUGAUUUAUCCCUAGAGAAUCAUCUGUUCGAUUUGGGAGACGAAUGGUGUAUCCUAUGAUAGAUUGACAGAAAACGUACGUCUCGAGUUGCACGUGAUCUAGUCAUUCACCUUUAGCGCAUGUUGCAUUUUGGUCAGCUAGACUUCGCGCAUAAGAGAAAGAGAUGGAAAAGUAUAUAAAGUCCGCCUGGGAAGGCUUACUCUUGAGCUCACUAGGAAGGUAUAGUG